CAGAUCGUACCGUCGUGUUUCUCUUCUCUCGUGUUUUGCUGUCAAUAUUUACUUAUUGAAACGGAUCUAAAAAAGGAUACUGUAGAGUUCCUCUUUCUGCUGUUAUAAGAUGUGGGACCAGUGUUUAUAAUGCUGAGCUAUUUCUAGGAAUGAUUAAUAAGGAAAAGCCUGCUUUUCAAGCUGCAUACUGAUCACCUUGUUACAAAUUCUUUGCUUUUCACAGGCAGAUAUUCGUUGCAGACCACAAUGCUUAAGAGAGAAGUGAAACCAUACUGGAAUCUUUCAGUCACAGUUUUAAAUGGCAAUAUCAACACGUCAUAUGACUACUGGUCUGAAUCUGACUGUUAUGUCAUCUUGAACCUACCCACGGCAUCUGCUCGAACAUAUCGCACCAAGACUGUCGCAAAUAGCAACAAGCCUGUUUGGAACGAAAUCUUUCACUUUAGGGUCCAGAGCAAUGUCAAGAAUAUUCUGGAGUUCCAGAUCUAUGACAAUGACCCGUACAUGAGAGAUGACCAUAUCACCACCGUCUUGUUCGACAUUGAUAACCUCACACUUGAGAAGAAAGAGAAAAAAUGCUUCAUUUUAAAUGAUACGACAAAAGAUGAGCUGUGGGUGGAGUUUAAGAUUACAAAGAGCUCUGAGGUACCGAGCCCUAUCAUGACUAAUGGCGUGUUGGUGGCAGGUCCUUUUUGUGAGCUAAAGGUGGGGGUAGACAAGCUUCCUCACACUGAAGCAAUCCAGAAUAUGGUGUUGAAGCUGAAGGGGGCUUUUAAAGAGGAUCAGGUCAUUUCAAAUGAGGACAAUCCGAAAUUUAAGAAGACGUUACAUUUUUACAUCAACCGAAACCUGGAAACUGAACUUUUUUUAACACCUGAGAGUGGAAUGUUCUCUGAAAAUUUUGUCCAGACUGAGACAAAUCAUGUGGAUGGUGCAAAUCCAAAGUAUGAAGACAUUGGGUCGUCUAUAGCUUUUAAACCACUUCAAGCCAAACAGCAAAUCACAGUUUCUUUGCCAUUAGGACUGGAAAAAGUUGAUGUGGAACUGAAUACAGAUGAUAGUGUUGCCAAAGACCUUGAUGUACGUCUGGGUUUCGAUAUCCCGGCGGAAGAAAAUAAUUUUCUGGUAAAAAGGAGAAAAGUGGUGUCACAAGCUCUUCAGAGAGCUCUGCAUCUCAUCUCUCCCCCUGAACCGAGUAAGGUGCCAGUGGUGGCUGUUGUGUGUUCUGGAGGUGGGUCGAGGGCAAUGACGGGCACAUUCGGAAGUCUUAAAGGGCUACAGAAGCUCCAGCUUCUUGAUGCUGUCACCUACAUCACAGGAGUUUCUGGCUCCACCUGGGCUUUAUCUACUCUUUAUGGCGACCCUAACUGGUCUAAAACAGACAUUGUUAAGAUUAUAGAGUCUGCAAAAAAAGAGAUAUCUAAAAGUACAUUUAGUAUAUUUUCUCUUGAGCAGCUGUGGUACUACAGAGAGAAGAUGAAGGAAAAAGAGAAAGAAGGACAUCUCGUAUCUCUUAUUGAUAUGUGGGGUCUUGCUAUAGAGUAUCUUAUUCAAGGAAAGAAUCCCAUGGGCACGCUGAGUGAAAUGCAGAAGACAUUGUCAGAGGGCCAGAACCCUUUACCCAUCUUCACAGCCGUUAACAUGAAGGACGGCAAGACAGAAUGUACAACAGAGGCUGAAUGGUGUGAGUUCACGCCAUAUGAAGUUGGAAUUUCUAAAUAUGGUGCAUUUGUACCUGCACAGAACUUUGGUAGUGGAUAUUAUCUUGGUCACAUGGUCAAGAAGCUUCCUGAAACAAGGUUGUCCUUUCUAUUGGGAAUAUGGAGCAGUGUUUUCUCUCUAAAUUUGACGAAAAUCUGGGGUCUCACCAUUGGAAACGCCCCUUCAUGGGCCCCUGGGACUGGAGGGGAAGCCAGUGACACAAGCAUUGCUAAUAAGGAAAAAUCAUCCGGCACGUCCAUGGUCAGCCCAGUUACGGACACAGCUAAAAUGUUUAGCGGUUUUAUGAACAGCCGCCCCAUUAUCAGCCAGAUGUUCAACUUUCUCAGGGGUUUGCAGCUGCACAGGGAUUACAAUGAGAACUCUGGAUUCAUCACAGGGAAAGAAAAACAUGCAGAUGCCUUUCCUAACACCCUGACCCCAGUGGAUCCCAUGCUUAGUUUGGUUGAUGCUGGAUUUUCCAUUAAUACCGGAUUCCCUCCUGUGGUAGGCUCUCAAAGACAUGCAGAUGUUAUUAUCUCACUAAACUACUCCUGGGACCAAGACCAGUUCAUGGUUCUAAAGCAAACUCACAAGUAUUGCUCUGAUCGCAAGAUUCCCUUUCCAAAGAUUGAUUUCAAAAAGUUGGAGUCAGUGCCACUAAAGGAAGUUUAUGUGUUUGAGGAUGAAGAAAAUCAAGAGGCUCCCAUAGUGAUUCACUUUUCCUUGGUCAACGUCACAUUCAAACAGUUUAAGGCUCCUGGAGUGAAAAGAGUAACCGAGAAGGAGCUGAAAGAGGGAGCAGUUGAUGUUGAAUUCGAAAGUGACUCCAGUCCAUAUGUGACUCACAAAAUGACCUACACACCCGAGGACUUCGAUAAGCUUGUCAACCUCACUUCCUACAACAUUAUAAACAACAAAGAUGUCAUUUUGAAAGUGCUGAACAAAGCGGUUAAUAGGAAAUCCAAAUAUAAGCACAAAAAUGAACUGGGCCACUGUUACUUUCAAACACACCUCUGAACAGGAAGUUGGUCUGUACUAGAUGCAGAGGGUGCCAGAGAAUGUGCCCGUUCACAAGUACUAAUGACAUUUAAAUAUCCGUCCAGAAAAGAAACAGAAUCUCUUGUCAUUCAUUUUAAAGUCUAUUAAAUUAGUUUGCCAUAGUAAGUUAGGGAUGCUCUGAUACCAUUUUAUAAACAAAGUGUACGAGUACCUAUAUUUGUUUUCUUGUACUCGCCAAUACCAAUACCAAUGCCUUUACCUGUAUUCUCCAAGCACAACACGCUGAAACUAAUACAUCUUCCUUAAAAACAUUAUGAAGCACAACUUUUAGUCAGGAAUAUCAGGUGAGGUAUCGGUCUUUGGUGUCGGUAUAUCAAUGAGUACGACUACAUGAGCUUGGUAUCGAGCCCGAUACAGAUACUGGUAUCUAUGCAUCCCUAGUAAGUACAAUGCUUUAGUUAAACAUGUGCUUGGUUUCACAUCAAUGUAUUUACUGAAUAAAAAAAGCUAUAUUAUUAUUAUA